UUGGUUAUAUUCUCCGUUUCUCUCUUCUCGUCUUAUUUUGCCGUUUGUGAAAGAACAUGACAACGUAUGGCACUAUACCAUCCCAAGCAAAUGCCUCCUCGAACCAGAACAUGUUGGGACGAGCAAAAGGGUUGAUCUCGUUAGGCCUUAGCUCUCGGAGACCAUGGCUUGAACUUGUCCAGUGGAGCUCCCUUAGCCUUCCUACCUCAUUCACUGUUGCCACAGAACGAAUCAAAACCAACAUCAUGAUCUUCCGAACCAAUUAUCUUGUCAUCUUCUUUGUUGCUAUCUUCAUCAGCAUGCUUUGGCAGCCUGUCCACCUCUCAGUCUUCGUUGUCUUGAUCAUCGCAUGGCUAUAUGUCUACUCUCGGGAUAACGAACCACUGGUGAUAUUUGGCAGUGUGAUCGAUGACUCUGCUUUGGUGCUGACUUUGUUGGUCCUCACGCUCUGUAUUAUUCUAUUAACCAACGUAACCGGUGGUAUUCUGCUCGGGGUUUUGGCUGGUUUGCCCGUUGUUCUAGUUCAUGGCAUCUGUAGGAAUACAGAGUCAUUGUUCGUCUUGGAAGAUGAUGAAGAGAAAGUAGCCACAAUGAGCGUAGCAUCCUCCUCGCUUUCUUCUUCCUCUUUAACAAAAUGAAACAUUAUGUUUAUGUAAUGAUACAAGUUUCAGACCUUAGUGACACCAUAUUUAGCUAGUCUCUAGGUACUACCAUAUUUUCUAAAAAUUUGCUUGUGGGCGUAAUAAAUAUUCUCUUCUUCUCUGAAUGCAAAUAGUAUGAUAGAUAAAACUUUGGAGAUCUUUGCAAUUCCAGUAUAGAAUACUUGUUUUAAUAAAUCCAGAUAAAAGUAGUUUCAUGUAUUUUAUGUAUAUAGUCAAAUUGUAUACAUCAAUCUUUUACUCUUUUUCUUUGAAAUUGCACACUUACUGGUACCAUUAAAAUCACUGCAGUGGCAGUACCAUUAAUUAAAAGGUAUGACUAUUUAUUAUAUGAACCCAAUAAGAAAAUAAACAUUAUAUAUCUUAUAUAUUAAUACAGAAGUCACAACUUUGAUUCAUGUGUAAUUUUUAAAAAAAUAGAUCUAAUGGAUCUAUUCCUAGAAAGUCAUGUUAAAUUUAAUAUAUAAUUUUAUCAUUUAAAUUUUGGGCCUACCGAAAAUUUUUAUUGGGCUAUCAAUAAUUAGAUUUAAACAAUAGAUUAUCUAUUAGAUUUA